CGGCGGCGGCGAUGGCGGCGGCGGGGCUGGCACGGGCGCUGCGCGGGGCCGGGGCGGCGGCGGCGGGGCCGCGGGUUCGAGGCCCGCCCUGGAGCCGCCCGCUGCCGGCCGCCCCCCGCCGGCCCGCCGCGCACUUCGCCUUCCAGCCCGACCUGGCGCCCAGCGCCUACGGGGAAACUCAGAAGAUGAACCUCUUCCAGUCCAUAACAAGUGCCUUGGAUAACGCUUUAGCCAAAGAUCCCACUGCAGUAAUAUUUGGUGAAGAUGUGGCCUUCGGUGGAGUCUUCAGGUGUACAGUUGGCUUGCGAGACAAGUAUGGUAAAGAUAGAGUUUUCAAUACGCCCUUGUGUGAGCAAGGAAUUGUUGGAUUUGGUAUUGGAGUUGCUGUUGCAGGUGCUACGGCCAUCGCAGAAAUUCAGUUUGCAGAUUAUAUUUUUCCAGCAUUUGAUCAGAUUGUUAACGAAGCAGCAAAAUACCGUUACCGCUCGGGAGAUCUGUUUAAUUGUGGCAGCCUCACCAUCAGAGCCCCCUGGGGUUGUGUGGGUCACGGUGCACUGUAUCACUCUCAGAGUCCAGAAGCUUUUUUUGCUCAUUGUCCAGGAAUAAAGGUUGUUAUUCCAAGGAGUCCUCUUCAGGCCAAAGGACUACUGCUUUCAUGCAUAGAGGACAAAAAUCCAUGCAUAUUCUUUGAACCUAAAAUACUUUACAGAGCUGCAGUGGAACAAGUUCCUGUGGAGCCCUACAACAUUCCACUGUCUCAAGCUGAGGUGCUGCAGCAGGGCAGUGAUGUGACAAUGGUUGCUUGGGGCACUCAGGUACAUGUGAUCAAAGAAGUGGCAGCAAUGGCUCAAGAAAAGCUUGGCGUGUCCUGUGAAGUUAUUGAUCUGAGGACCAUCUUACCCUGGGAUACAGAGACUGUUUGCAAGUCAGUGGUGAAGACUGGGCGAUUGCUGAUUAGCCAUGAGGCUCCUUUGACAGGAGGGUUUGCAUCGGAAAUCAGUUCUACAGUUCAGGAGGAAUGCUUUCUGAAUUUGGAGGCUCCUAUUUCAAGAGUCUGUGGCUAUGACACUCCUUUCCCUCACAUCUUCGAGCCUUUCUACAUCCCAGACAAAUGGAAAUGCUAUGAUGCUCUUCGAAAAAUGAUUAACUACUGAUCAGUAAUACAGAGACAAGAAGAAGAACGGGAAAAUACUGAAGUCUUCUUCAUAACUCUUGACACUAAGAACUUUCAGUUUUGGAAUUCACAUAGCAAACUAUUUUUUUCUGAACUCAACUGUUCUUAAUAUUUAUCUAGGUUAAUUUUCAGUAAGUUCAAAUCCUCAUUAAUUAAGAAAUCAGUGAUGGACAGGUGAUUGCUAUAAUAAGUGGUAUCAGAUGUAUUUAAAGAUAACUCCAGAUGUUCUAUGAAUAUUAGACAUUGCAAUAUUUCACUAGGUUAAAACUUAAUUGUGUAAAUAUUAGAAGUGGGAUUUUAUUCAAUAAAACAUAUUAUGCACA